CAGUUCCUGAGAGCCAAUGGGAACUCUUGGCGAAAUCGCGUCACUUGUUUCCUGCCUCUUACCCGGCUCACGAGGUUGCCAACGGCGACAGUAGUGUAGGAGGCACUGGCCGUCCUGGGUCCCAGGCUCAGCAUGCGGUGCACCAGUCUACCUACCCUAGUGACCUUUUGCGCCGGCCUUUGGAUCUGGGACCUGGUGCUGACGCAGGGCCUGGAGGCCGGUGUGCAGCCGGGGGCUGACUGUGAAGUAUGUAAAGAAUUCUUAAACCGAUUCUACAACUCCUUGCUAACCAGAGGAAUAGACUUUUCUGUGGACACCAUAGAGAAAGAGUUGAUCAACUUUUGCAUGGAUGCCAAAGGAAAAGAAAACCGCCUGUGCUAUUAUCUGGGAGCCACCAACGACGCAGCCACCAAGAUCCUAGGUGAAGUUACACGUCCCAUGAGUGUGCACAUGCCCGUAGUGAAGAUCUGUGAGAGGCUGAAGAAGAUGGACAGCCAGAUUUGUGAGCUAAAGUAUGAGAAGAAAUUGGACUUGGCAUCGGUGGACCUGGGGAAGAUGAGAGUCGCAGAACUGAAGCAGAUCCUGCACAGCUGGGGGGAAGAGUGCAAGGCCUGUGCAGAAAAAAAUGACUACGUCAACCUCAUCAAAGAACUGGCCCCCAAAUAUGCGGAGAUGCACCCCCAAACGGAGCUCUGACCUCAGCUAUCGGUGCAUAUGGACUGUAGUUAGAGUGAAACGACCGUCUAAGACAUGGAUGUUGGUUAAGGCUAACCAGGGACUGCCCUGGUGGCAUACUCACUGUUGUACUGCUUAGGCUUGCGAUUAACCGAUGCUUCCUGCUGGUCACCCACGUUUGCAGAGUCCGGAGACCUCAAAGUGCCUUUCUCCUCCUCCUUUGGAAGGUGCAGUGGUUCUCUUUGCAUGACUGUGACAUUGGUGCCUGGCAGAAGUGAGUCAGGGGAGGGAUAUUUACUUUGGCUCAUGGUUUCAGCCCAUCAUGCCAGGGUAGCUAAUGGCAGAGCAGCUCAGAGCACGGACACGGGCGCUCCGCAGAGGCGGUUGUCAUUAUGGGGGACUGAGAAGCAGAAAGUGAUGUUCAAAUAAGGAUAAGGCUGUGACCUUCAAAGGUGUAGCCCGACUGAUCUACUUCUGCCAGCUAGACCUCACCUCAGAGCCUCCCCUAAUCACCACUAACCAGGGAACACACAUUAAAAAUGAACCGAUGGGGGACAGCACUGGCUGGUUUUGUGUGUCAACCUGACACAAGUUGGAGUCAUCUGAGAGGAAGGAGCCUCAGUUGAGGAAAUGCCUCCUUGAGAUCCAGCUGCAAGGCAUUUUCCUCAAUGAGUGAUCAAUGGGGGAGGGCCCACCCCUGGGCUGGUGGUCCUUCGUUCUGUAAGAAGACAGGCUGAGCAAGCCAUGG